AUGUCAAUUGUUUAGAGAUCACUCAACUAUUUGAGAAACAAUCCAGUUGCCACUUAUAUUGUUGUAGGCAUUGUUUUGUCAACUGCUAGAAAUCAAUAAGUUAGAGAUCACUAUUUAAAGCACUAUCACAGAUUCGACGUUGAGAGAAAGCAAGAACUCGAGGAAUACCUUGCUAAUGGUGGAAAGCUUCACUAAGAUGAUCCCAAACUCAAUUUUUGA